GCCCCUGUGUUUGUGUGCCCAACACAGUGGAUUCACACUGCUUCAGGAGCUGACACCAGUCACUGCGGAUUUCUACCAGCUGUGGACAACUUCAUACACACAGGUGCACAGGAAAGCCUUACUGAGAUGGUUCAGCAAAGCUGUGUACGCUGUCUGAAGAACACCAUGUGUUUUCUCAACUUUCUUUGCUGGCUGUGCGGUGCAUUCGUGGUAGCGUUUGGAAUCUUCAUGAUGAUGAACUCCAGGUUCAGCUCACUCAUCACCUCCUUCUGGCCAAUCUACCCAGCCAACACCCUGGUGGUCACCGGCACCAUCGUCACCUGCGUGUCUUACUUGGGUUUCCUGGGAGCCCUGCGGGAAAACCGCUGUAUGCUCAUCUCUUUUUUCAUUCUGCUCUUUAUCCUGAUGCUGGUGGAGCUAGCCAUGGCCUGCAUCAUGCUGGUGUACAACAGGGAGAUAGACACAUUCUUUGAAAAAGACCUCCUGCACAGCCUGGAAUCGUACAAGCAGUCGUCAGAAAUGGGCAACGAGACGCUCAGAGAGGACUUCGACGCUGUCCAGAGCAUUUUCAGGUGCUGUGGAGUCCACGGUGUCUCUGACUGGGAAGGACACAUACCCAUCUCAUGCUGCACUACAGACCCCUGUCUCAGCCACCCUCAGAAGAGCUGGCAAGAGGGCUGCCACAUGAAGCUGAGGAACUGGUUUGCAAGGAACUUUCUGAGCACUGGAGCUGGAGUUGUCACUAUGUUUAUCAUUCAGUUCCUCUGCCUGUGUUUCACUGUUCCCUUGUUCUGUCGCCUCAGUCGGUCUGGGCUCGGAUACAAGUGAACACAACGCACACAGUCUGCUUCCCUGCUGUCUGUGGCCAAUCACAGAAGUGUAUCCAUUUACCAAUCACAGAAGAGAAUCUGGAUAAGCGCUUCGGAAUCGAUGGGAAACCGAAAUGGUUUGAAAAGAAAUUAAUGAAGUGUCCUGACUGUUGAUGGCACGUGAGAUUAAAGUGGAGGCAGAAAAGAAAACAAAUUGUUUUCAAACUGAUUUUAUUUAUACCCCUUGAUUAAUGAUAAAGUAGCAAAUGACCAGAAUAGCCUAUUGCUCAGUAGCCCUAGAAAUCCCCAUUAUUGUGGCCUUGUCUUGUGAAAACCUUCCUGUUCCCUGCAGUUGUGGUAUAUGUGUACAGCACAUAUCCAGAUGGAGGUACAGUGGCUCACAGUGUCCAAACUCUGAGUGUUCUGAGAAUGCAUACAGCUUUAGAGCAAAGUUUGUUUGACAAUUUUGGCACUUCACCCCCCAGAAAUGUUGUGUGAUAUUAAAAUACAAGAUGAUUUAUCUCUUUUAAGUGAAAUGUA